CGGAAGCAAGGGCCAACCAAACAGAGAGAGAGAGAAUUAAAACAAAGAAUUCGUCGUUGAAAACAAAUCCUCUUUGUUCAUGUUCAAAAAUGACUACUGAUGAUUAUGGAAGAAUUAUUAAGAGAGAGCUUGAAUCUGUUGGGAAUGAAAUGGUUUUGGAAACAAAUAUCAUGAAAUGUGAAACAAGUGAAACUGAAAUGGUCCCUGAAUCUAUGUUUGGUAUCGAAAUGGGUACUCAUAACCUGGAAGAAAAAUAUGAUAUAGAUCAGAUUAAAAAUGAAAGUGUCAUGGAUGUUUACCAUGAACCCAAAUCAGAAAAAUGUGUAGAAGAAAUAGGUGAAGGCCCUCAAAAUAAGUUCCUUUAUGUACAGGAUGAAGAUAUGACUCAUGAUUCAAAAAACACCACAGAUUUGGGGUAUGUUAUUGUUAAAAUAGAGGAUGAAACAGUCAUCGAGAAGAAAGAAGAGAGCUUCAAAGAUGAGAAGUCAUCAGUGUUAUGUCAAAAGGAGUUUGGCACUACAAAAGAUCAUAUUGUGAAACCUUAUCAGUGCAAAAUCUGCUUGAAGUCAUUUAUUCAAAAUAGUAGUUUGAAAACACAUGAAAGAACUCAUACUGGAAAAAAAUCAUUUCAGUGUAAAAUAUGCUUGAAGUCAUUUUUUCAGAGUGCUAAUUUGAAAACACAUGAAAGAACACAUACUGGUGAAAAGCCAUUUCAGUGUAAAAUCUGCUUGAAGUUAUUUUUUCAGAGUGCUCAUUUGAAAUCACAUGAAAGAACCCAUACUGGUGAAACACCAUUUCAGUGUAAAAUCUGCUUGAAGUUAUUCACUCAAAGUAGUAAUUUGAAAACACAUGAAAAAACUCAUACAGGAAAAAAAUCAUUUCAGUGUAAAAUCUGCUCGAAGUCAUUUCUUCACAGUGCUAAUUUGAAAUCACAUGAAAGAACCCAUACUGGUGAAAAGCCAUUUCAGUGUAAAAUCUGUUCGAAGUCAUUCACUCAAAGUAGUAGUUUGAAAAAACAUGAAAGAACUCAUACUGGAAAAAAAUCAUUUCAGUGUAAAAUCUGCUCAAAGUCAUUUUUACAGAGUGGUAAUUUGAAAUCUCAUGAAAGAACCCAUACUGGUGAAAAGCCAUUUCAGUGUAAAAUCUGCUUGAAGUCAUUUAAUCGAAGUAGUAAUUUGAAAACUCAUGAAAAACACAUUCAUAAUGCUUGUUUUAUGCAGAACAUAUACUGAGAAAAACCAUUUCUAAUGAAGUCUUCGAAAACAGUACCGUUUACAAUUAUUCAAUAGCAAGUACAUUAUAACUAAAUAAUUAUACUUGAAUUAUGAAAGUAUAAAACAUAAAACGGAUCGAACUAAAAGUGUUAAAUUUUUCAGAGAGAUUAAUUUUUGGGAACAACAGGGUUUGGCUUUAUACUUACUUCUCCAUCUUUAUACAAAAAAUAUAGGAAUCCUACAAAUACAUUUGGAAGAAAAAGUCUUCUCAAAACAACUGACCUGUACAUUUGUUAAUAAAAAUUUGUUCUUUCAAUAAUAAAGUAUACAUUGUUUGAA